GAAUGCUUCAGGGCCAACGGCAUCAGCGGCCGCCGCCUCAUCCACGCCAACUGCUCCAACCUGCCCGCCAUGGGCGUCACGGACUUCGGGCACAUGCAGGAAAUUUCGCGACACGUGCGAGAGCUGCUGGGGAUUGAGGAGCCUCUCUUCAUCAGAUCCAUUACCCUCCCAUACAGAGACAAUAUGGGUCUGUUCCUGGAGAGAAAGGCACCAACAGGAAAGAAAGCAGAUGCCCUCACUUUCUCACAGUUUAUCCAAAAAGCAGGACUGGAGCCCUAUACUACAACUCCUCCUUUGCAAGGAUCCCAGGCCAUGGAGGGAGUGGGUGCUCUCCCUGCAUCGCAGGACAUGCAGAGGCAGAAUUAGAGACUCAUACUGCACUUUUGCCUUUGUAAGAAGCCCAGCAGCCACAGCAGACUGUACCCUUAUUUCCUUGCAGAUUGUUCAAGGGGGUACAGUUCCACAUUUUCACAAUUACAAAAAAUUGUGCACUGCACUGCCACUGCAGCUCUUAGACAUUUUAUUACACCAAACCCAUUCCCACAUUGUCUUUUUCCUGCAAUACUUCAUUUGCGUGCAGGAACUAGUGAAAUGGAGGCUGUGGAUCAGACUGUACCAUUGUCUGUCUUUUACUUCUGCUUCACAGUUGAUUUAAAAAUACCAAAAAAACCCCAAUCAUAGACAUAUUUUAGGCACAAGUGAUUGAUAAGAAUUUCCCAGAUGCUCAAGUGCAUAGAUUUCUCCCAGGCUUCAGGGUCUGCAGACGGGGCUUGCUCUGAAACCCAGAUGUAAGAUAAAUGGCAUAGACAAUAACUGUGUACAGGUGUGCAGACAGCUGCUCUCAGCAAUCAGAAUUAAGCAAGGGGUCUAGGUGCAACAUGCAUAACUAAUCCUUGGCCACAGAAAUUAUUUCCUGUGACGCAAAACCAGGUAGGCAAUGUUUUAUCAUGGUAAACAGUACUGUAACACAUGAUAGAUGGGGCAGAAAAUACAAAAGAAUACUGAACUACAGAAUUUAGGGAAUAAAAAUUGCUGUGUCCUGGGUGGAUUUGGACAGAGUAUCCAGUUACCUGCUUUUUCCCUGAAGGAUACAUCAUAUAGUCUGUGGUGAUGAGGGUGGGGAGCAUCAUCACCAGCAGGGAAGUAGAAGGGCUCAUGAAGGCCUGGCUCAACAGAAAGAGCAUUCCUGACUAAAUCAUUAGUAUGUUGUCAGGAUUCAAUGGCUUUCUCAAGAUCCCUCAUGGGGAAUAAAAAAAUAAUAAUAAAAAAACCACUGGGCCUGAUCCUCUUUAGUUUUUUACACCAAAGCUGCAGCCAGUACAAAAUAACCAUAAUUUGGUUUUGUAAUUCAGUUCUGUAUUGAAGCUGCAAUAGAAACACAGUGAAACUGAAGCAGUUCAUAGGCCAAGAAGAUUAUGUAAUAAGUAAAUUCAGACAAAAAAAACCCCACAAAACAAAACAAACAAAAAAACCUCUCAGGUAACCAGGGAUAAGCAAGUUUGCUGAACAGUGUAGAGACUGAAACUCAUAGAAGAAAAUGUGUGCAUAAGGUUAUUGGCUGGAAGAGUUUGGAAUCUGAGAGUUAACAGUGCUGGUUCUUGCACUGCUUAGUCCCAUGAAGAGACUGGGAUGAGAUCUCAGCAAAGC